GUUCAAGCCGUUUUUUCCAUUUCAAGUUGUGCCUCCUGAAGAAUAUAGAGAUCAGACCCUUACUAUACAGGAUUUCUCACUAACAGAAGGACGACUAAAAGUUUCCUUGAUAGAAUGUACAAGAUUACUUAUUUUUGGUUCCUAUGAGAGGGAAGUAACUGUUCAUUGCACAUUUGAAUUGAGUGACAACGUUUGGGAAGAAAAACAAAGAAGUUUUAUCAAAACGGUAGAACUAGUAAAAGGAAGUUCACCAAGUGUUGGACUUACUCUCCGUCAAGUGCAAGCUAAGGAAGGGGAAUCAGGACAUGUUGUUAUUGAGACAGUCAUCCCAAACUCUGCUGCUGCAACUGCUGAUCUUCAGAGGGGAGAUCGACUUAUAGCUAUUGGUGGAGUUAGAAUUACAUCAACAGUACAAGUCCUAAAGCUGAUCAGACAAGCUGGGGACAGAGUCAUAGUGUAUUAUGAAAGACCUGUUGGAGUACAAGAUAAUCUUGUACAAUUGGAAGACUCAGUAUUUCCAGAUGAUGUCACAUUGACAGAGGCUGAGAUGAAAGAAAUGGAUUUAGAAUUUGAGGACUUGGCAAAUGAACUUAAAUCAAAUGAAUUCAAAGAAGAUUUGUCCACAACAAGCCCAAAGCAUACAACAGUGACACUUACUACUAAGCCACCUGGAACUGUAUCACCAGUACUAAAUCGCAAGUCAUAUUUAGGAAGUCAUCAGACAUCUGCAAGAGCACUUUUCAGAGAGGCAGCCAAACAAGUAGUACUCAGAAAUGCAGAGAAUCUGGAUGCAACCCAACAAACAAACAAACAGCCACAAGCAAAUAAACCUCCUGUACCACCUAGGCCACAGCUAAAAGUAACCCCAGUUCCCAGUGAAGUUCAAAAUAAACCAGAAACUGGUGACUUAUCAUCUGAGAAACUAGACAGACUUGCAGUUCCUGCAAAUAAUGGAGAUAAAAGUUCAGAAAAGCCAACAAAAAAUAAUGAUUUAGGGGAAGAACCUGUAGGUUCCAAGCCAGUUACAAACAAACCAGAAACAAAGGAAACUUCAGAAUCUUCACAGAAUCCAAAAACAGUUGCAAACAAACCAGAAGUGCUUAAAGAACCUUCAGAGAUAUCCCAGAGUUCUAAAACAAUUACAAACAAACCAGUUGCAAACAAAUUGGAAAUAGCAAAAGAACCUUCAGAAUCAUCACAAUCUUCACAGAGUUCAAGGUCAACUAUAGUAAGCCAUCAUUCGUGGGAAACACCUGAAAUUCCUUAUCGUAAUCGAUUAGGGAAAUGGCCAAGGACAAAAGCCUCUUCUUGCAUAUUUGAAGUAGAGAAAGAACACAAAUACUUAAAUGUAGCCAUUUGGUGCAGAGACCCUUUCAAACUAGGUGGACUCAUCUGUUUAGGAUAUGAAAGCAUAAAACUUGAAGAAAUAGCUCUAGAUUGUAUAGCCACAUCCUCCAUGGAAUUUAUUAAACAAUUUAGAUUAAAUCCUCCUGCACCUAAAGCUACAGUAAGUAGAACUGCAUUACGUACUUUGAUAUCACACAAAGGCUUCAAUGAAAACUUUUGUUAUGGUGAUAUUACUGUACAUUUUAAAUAUUUAAAAGAAGGUGAACCAGAAGAUUCAAGUUUUCUAUUGGAAAAAGAAAAAGAAAAUGUUUCAGAAGCAGCAACAGCUCCUAUUCUUCCAAAAGAGGAUCCUUAUUUUGGACAGAUUAUUUAUACUGAAAAUAAGCAUAAUUUUCAAGAUACUCAAUUUCAGAAUCCAACAUGGUGUGACUACUGCAAAAAGAAGGUUUGGACAAAAGCAGCAUCACAAUGUGUGGUUUGUGCUUAUGUUUGCCACAAAAAAUGUCAAGAAAAAUGCCUAACUGAGGCCCCAUUUUGUUUAGGAGCCACAAGACGGUUUGAGCGAGCCCUACAUUCUUUAAAAUUAGAAAGCCAAGAUUCUCAGAGCACAACAGGAUCUCGUGUUGAUUCAGAAUUGAAAACUACAAAUAAAACAACAGGUUUAACAAGACACAUCAUCAAUACAAGCACCCGAUUAUUAAACCUUCGCCAGGUUCCUAAAGUUCGUGUUAGUGACCAAGGGUCUGAUGCAGUAGAGCCUUCACCAAAGCACACACCACAUCCUUCUGAUAAUGAAGGUAGUGACACAGAAAUUGGUUGUCCAAGUAGUCCUUCUAAAUCAUCAUCAGGUACAGCGAUAAAGUUAGCAAGGAAGGAAGGAGGACUUGAUGAUAGUGUCUUCAUUGCUGUUAAAGAGAUUGGUCGAGAUCUUUAUAGAAGUUUGCCUACAGAGGAGAGAAUCCAGAAAUUAGAGAUCAUGUUGGAAAAACUGCAAUAUGAAAUAGACCAGGAACUGGAAAAUAAUAAUUCUCUAAUUAGAGAAAAGAAAGAAGCAGCAGAUACAAGAAAAAAAAUGUUGUUGUCAGCUGCAUUGGCUAAAUCGGGUGAACGACUGCAAGCCCUUACACUCCUUAUGAUUCACUAUAAAGCAGGCAUUGAAGAUAUAGAAGCUUUGGAAAAUACUACUUUAGAUCUGGAAUCUGGAAAAGAGGAUAAAUAUGAAGAUGACAACUUAGCAGAUGAAAUGGAUAAUGAAGAUGAUAGUGCUCUAGUGAUGGCUCCAGUACUUGAAAGCCUACUAGAAGAAGAAAGACGUGAAGCAGCUGAUGAACCAGUGGACUGAUACUGCACAUUUGGCCUCAGGAAAAUACUUUGCACUUAUUCAGAACUAGACCAGAUACAUCAAAAUGUAAUUAAACACCAGUACAAUGUAUAAAAGUUGCUUCUCCAUUUUUUAAAACCUGUAUAAGAGCAUAGUUAAAGUUUUCUUCCCAGGUACAGUAUCACCCCCUUUUAUUUUUGUUCAAGAAGCUAGUUCAUAUUGUGUUUACAAAUAUUUUGGGGAUUUAAACUGGAAGAUUAUUUUUAAUUUAUUUUGACUUUUUCUAAACUUUCAUGUUAAAAUUGUGAUUUUCUUUUUAUUCAUCUUUCUUUACUAUGUUUAAAAACUUCAGAUUUUUACUUCAUGCUGAAAUUAUCUCCACCAUAAAAGUUACUGAAAGAUCAGGUUCUGAAGAUUUGGAAUGUCCCAUUGACUCUUUAACAUGUUUGAGCAGAGGGAGGGAAAUUGCAAGUUUUAGAUUUUUUUCUCUUUUUUGCCAAUCAUAGCCAACGCAGUGAUUUUAUUUUACAAAAUUUAGUAAAGGUUUUCUUGCAUAUCAGUAUCUUAGUUUUCCAUGGUUUUUUUCAUUCACAAGUUUUGGAGACUUAAGUCUAUGCUUGUAUAUUCUUUCUUCUUGGGAGGUCCUGUUGUUAACCAAGUAGAACGUCUAAAGCACAUUUGAUCCAGAACUCUUAAAAUGGCUCUUCAUAACUACUCCCUUAAAAACUACUGGCAUUACACUUUUUCCUAAACUUCAGCUGUACCAGUAUUGCAUAGUAAUUUAUUGGGAAUGUGCCAGCGAAAGAUUCUUAUGUUGAUGUAAAAAUAAAUGGAGGCUCUAUAGAACAUAUCACUCUAAAACCUACUAACCCCUAUACACCUGUUGAAGAAAUUGUAGCAUUUUUUGUUUAUUCUGGUGUUGAUUUUGCCACAGAAAUUAUGACUUCAAUGUCUUGAUGAUCAAGCAAAUUAAAUUUAAAUAAAAUAGCUAAAAUGAUAUACUUUCUACCAGUUUGGAUGACAUCAUGCACAAAAGAACAACAAUCAAAUGCUCAGUGUUUUAAUAUAGCGUGUAGUUCUGUAAGAUUCUCAGUCAUCCAAGUGGGGUUAUCAGGAAGUUGAGUCAUGGCAACUGGACUUCUUUAUUAGGUUGAAACAU